ACUCUGAUUAGUUGGAGCAACGGUUGUUAUUAUUGUUUGUGAGACCGACGCACUGUUCUAUUGAAUCAUACUUCCAAUUUUACCCUCAAACCGUUCAACCCACUCUUUAUAUCCGACACUGCCGUGGCGGAGGGCUUAAUAUAAAAGGGCCAAACUGUGCGGGGUUCCUUAACCGUUGCUAGCAUUAGCUAGCACAUCAAACGGGCAAACUACUGUGAGAGUUGCAGCCAUGGCGUGGAUGGGACACGGAGCUCCAUUUCAAGCAAAUGGUGAGCAGAAUAACGACCCAAGUCAGUCGAUGGGAAGUUUUGCUGGUUUCCAUCCCAACCAACAGACACCAUCGUCCCCCCUUUGUGGCUGCCCCAUGGCGUCACUUUGCCAGAGCCAACAGCGCUGUGUGAAGGCCUCCAUCGUCUCCAGCUGGAGGCUGGCUGAAGCGCAGGACCAGCUGUGCUCUUUGGGAGUCCACAGUUCUGAAUCGCUGGAGCAGGAACGCGCUCGAACCCUCGCUUGUCCAACAGAGCUCACAAACACAGAGCAGGAGUGGCGGCGCAAGGAGAAGUUGCUGGGAGGUCCAGAACCGAGCCGCAGUCCCGUGCUUGGUGCCACAGGCAGUUGGGACGUUUUUGAUAAGAGUAUAUUUAAUUUUCAGCAUCAGUCUGUGGAAAUGGAUCAGGACAACUGCAAUACGUUUCUUCAGAAGUAUGAACAAGAGCUCAGGCAUUUUGGUAUGCUACGGAGAUGGGAUGACAGUCAGCGAUUCCUCUCACACAUGCCACAGCUCAUCUGUGAGGAAACUGCUAAUUUUUUAGUCCUGUGGUGCAUUCGAUUACAGCAACAAGGAAAAGAAGCACUUAUGGAGCAGGUGGCGCACCAAGCAGUGGUUAUGCAGUUUAUCUUAGAAAUGGCCUCAAAUUCUCAGCAAGAUCCCAGAGGCUGCUUUAGGCAGUUCUUCCACAAAGCCAAAGAGGGACAAGAUGUGUACCUUGAAGCUUUUCAUGCAGAAUUAGAAUCCUUCAAACAGAGAGUUAAAGAAUAUGCUGCUAAAUGUAGAAACGAUGCUUUAAAUGUUGACCAGCAGAAUGAUGGCACAGGCUACAGAGCGAACACCAAAGGAACAACAGACUUUAUAUCACAGGAGGAUGCUGAAUACAAGAUGAAGCACUGUUUAGAGGCUGGACUGUGGACGAGUACAGGGAAAUGGACAAAGGAUGACGCCACAGAAACAGAAGACAACCGGAUGAUGGAAAUCUCUUAAUGACCGUCACUCCAACCCUGCUCUUCUCCCAUCUCAGUCGUUUGUCCACGUAGGAACAAUCUGAGUUUGUAAACCUCCAUCCAGGACACCAGGCGGAUACACGGCUGCAGAGCAGGAAUAAAUGGAGAACUGAUCCGCUUGUUUGUUGCAUCUUGCAGCAGAAACAGGAGGAAAUUAUGUUUUGCUAAUGACACAUUUUGUUGAGCUUUGGCUUUAGCAUUUGGCUCUCGCUGCAGUGUGGCCUGCCAGCUAGUGAAUGCAUAUAAUGUGCAGCAGUGUAUAACCUUUUCUUCUCAAAGAAGGAAAUAACAUUUAGCACACUUAGUUCAGAAAAUACAGGAGAUCCUAAAAAGGUAGGUGCAGCAAAUCAGGACCAGGUCAGACACAGUUGGUGUCAAAAUAUAGACAACCAGAAAAAAUUGGAAGACUUUUGUUUUAUUUCAGAUACAAUAAUGUGGAAAUAAAUUCUUCAUAAUUAGGUUUAUCUUUAGCCCAUUUGUUUAAAACUUUCAUAAAUAUCUGUACCUUAUUGGUAUACAUACCGCUAUCUCCAUUUUACAAAUCAUGUGCAGUAAGGGCCUUAGUUCCCAAAACAAUCAGAGGUUUCUGCCUUAGGAUCAUCUACAAGGAGCAGCUAGAGUGAAUAUGUGAACUGGAGCAGUUUUUGUUGUGAUAACCAGAGGUAAAAUAAAUAAUGCAUUUGCAGUUUUGGGGGAUUUAUUUAUUUUUAUUUUUGCUAAUCACCGGAUUUAAAAAGACAGGAUGCUACCACAACAAGAUAUUCAGCUUUAGUCUGCCUUCCCCAUUUAAGGUGGCCUGUUUUAUGGCUAGUGUGGUGUAAUAAGAUGAAUAAUGGAAAAAGUAGCAGGUUUAUAAUAAUUAUAGUGGCCUUAAAACACAUGUGUGAUCAUUGGGUUGAAGUUCAAUCUGCUGAAAGGCUGAUGCACUUUUAAGAAAGAUUAUUCCAAUUAUUUUACAUCACAGAAAUUUCUUCAUGUCGACUUUAAGGCCCUUUGAUCAACUGAAUUUAAACCUUAAUUAUUACAUCUAGCAAAACAGAAUACAGUAUAUUGCAAUUUUCAGCAUUCUUCAUACAGGCACUGUGCCUUGUAACAUUUUCACAUUACAAAGACAGGCUUUUAUGUCCUUCAUUAAGAUUCAAUGACUGUGGCAAAUUAUGCUGAGUCUGUGAUAGUUUUCCUGUCAACUGUUUGUUUAAACUACCUUAAUUUAGAUGUCUGCAGCUCUUCCAGUGUUACCAUGGGCUGCUUGGCUUCUUUUGUGUUUAAUAUUCUCCUUGCCCAGCCUGUAUUUUUUGGUGGACAGCCUUUUUGUAAUCAUGAAUCAAUCCGAGCUCUGUGAGAUGCAUAAAGCUUGAAACGCCAGUUUAUGAUUUAACUCUUUUUUUAAAGUUCUCCACAAUUUUAAAGCUGAGGUCACCCUGCUAUGUCUUCAUGAUUCUGAUUGGAUUAUAGUGUCUAAAAAGAAAAACGCCUUCACAAAGCAGCUGUUUUUAUCCUGAGAUUAAAUGACAUGCAGGUAAUCUCUAUUACUAACAAGGAAACAUGAUGCUUUGGAUUGUAUUUAGGGUUAUUAAAUUAACAGGCUGUGCAUGCCACACUUUUCAGAUUUCUACAUGUAGAUAUCACAAAUAUACACUGUUUGUUCUGAAUGAAAGGUGAAGAAGGGACUGUACUUAACGAGCUUAAGAGGAAGUUUUUCUUUUUGCUUUCACCCUUUAGGUCUUUUUUACAUUUAAAGAAACUGAACUGCUCACUCUAAAAUGUUUCAACUUAAGGCACCAUACAAAUUUUUUUAUUACAUUAUUGGCUUAGACUUUUAAAGUAGUGUUUCAAUGUUUUCCACUCAUAAAAUUUGUGCAUGUAACUUUUGUUACCCGAUGUUAUCAUUUUAGGAAACUUUUUGCUUUCCCCCAUUUUUCCAGUUUAUUUAAACAACUGUGAAAAUUAGCCCUGGUUAUAUGAUUGUUGGUCCUUUCCAUUUUCAGCAUGUCUUCCUUUGUCCUCACUGUGGAGCUUUUACCCCAAUUAUGUGUUUUCUUUAUCUGAUCCCAUAAGAACAAUGGUUCUUAUCUGAUAAAAGCUGUAAAUGUUCAAACCUGCUGAGUAGCACAAUCACUGAGAUGUUUUCCAGUUAUGGGAAUGUAAUCUGUGACUCAUAGCAGCUGGGUGAUUCAUUGAGUUUUUAGCAGCGCCAUCGUCUCACCACAGACCCCUUAUUACCUAAACCUACUCUGCAUUCAGCUACUACAGCAGAUAAAUAAAACUACAGACUGAAAUGCUCUAAAGUUCAAUAAUUAGCUCUGGUCAACUAUACUACUGUUUGCUCUCUACAAUACAGGGAAACCAAAACAGUUGCACAUGCAUUUAAAUGAUUCAUACCGAUUUUUAAUAACAUAUCAUCUUCCAGGUAAAAUCUCUAUUUUAGGACAGGUGUUGGUCAUUUUUUUUUAUCUGGUGUCUCUGGCAUGGCCAUCUAAAUUAAGGGUUUACAUUUGUCAGUUUUGUUAGUAUUAUGUAACACUGAGCCACUUUUAUUUUCAAAUGCUGAGAUCCUCUCUAUAUUUAUAGUGGAUAAUGCUGAAGUUAGCUUUUGCCAAAUGUGUGCUGUGACUAUAGCCACCACUUCUAAGAUAAAUGCCCUAAAAUCUCACAUUUAACGAGUGUCUGUUUUUUUUUUUUUAUCACUGAGCUCUGAUUUUGUUUAUUUUCAUUUCCCUAACCAGUUUGACAAAAAAAGGAAUCAGUUCUCAAAGUUUGUUUCGUCUUCUCUUCCACAGAAACCUUUUGAAAGAAUAAAAUGCUUUUUACAGAGA